UCGGGAGAACUUCGUUAACAGCAGGAACAUGGGUCUGGUGAAAGAGGUCCAGGCGCAACUCAGAGAUAUCUGCCUUAAGCUCAAUCUGAAGCUGGAGUCAUGCGGCGCGGACACGGGAAACGUUCGCCGCUGCCUCGCCCACGGGAUGUUCGUCAACGCCGCGGAGCUCCAGCCCGACGGCAGCUACCUGGCUCUGGACACCCACCAGCCCGUGUCCAUCCACCCGUCCUCCGUCCUGUUCCAGGCCAAGCCGGCGUACGUGGUGUUCAACGAGCUGCUGCACACGUCCCGCUGCUACAUGAGGGACCUGUGUUUGGUGGACGCCGACUGGCUGCUGGACGCGGCGCCGGAGUACUUUGGCCGCAAACUCCACCAGAACAAGAGCUAACCAACCGAAAAACAGGACUCCUCCCUCAGAUCUCCAGUGACACUGAAACCUGGACGAUGAACUCGCUCUGCACAGCGGAGUUUAAAUCGGAGCGUUUUCUGUGGAUCUCACUACCUCCCAGCUGACCGCCGAUCGGCACGCGUCACCGCAGCAGAAAUCUGCUUUUUGAGGCCUCACAACUUUGACUUCCUGUAAGACCGUAAUUCAGAUUUUAUAAACCGUCUCUCUUCUGCCUGGAAGUACUUCAUCGUACCAUCUGACCUCCGCCCGCCGAAUCACCGUUUGGAUAUCAGUCGCUCUCCUUUUCUUUGGAUUCGUGCUGAAAUCUGUUUUUCUGCACGCCUUCAUGGGGAAGGAAGAAUCCAAAAAAGAGAAACUCUCACACAAUUCGUGCAGUUUAAUCCGAGUCUCAUUUAUCCAGUCGCAUUCUCAGAACCUCACAAACAUGCGUUUCCCCUAAAACCCGGUCGCAAAAAUCUUAAAAGCUGAAUUUAAGGUUAAAACGAUCCAUCCUCUCUGAACACAGGAGCAGCUCGUCUGCCACAGACAGUCAUGGAAAACCUGGAAAAGUCAUGGAAUCACAUAUUCUAGGCCUGGAAUUAUAAUAAGCAUCUCAAAACCACGAGAUAUCACCUUAAAAAUAACGUGAAUCUUUCUCAGAGAAUGACUCAAUUAUCUUAGAAUAACGAGACAUUUUCCUUAAAGAAUGAGAAUAAUGAGAAACUUUCUCAAAAUGCCGACAUAUUUCAAAUUAAAUAACUCUAAAUAGUGACAAACUUUCUCAGAAAAUGACUUAGUGUCUCAAAUAUAAUGAGGUAUUUAAAGAUUAAUGAGAAACUUUCUCCAAAUAAUGACUUAAAAUCUUAAAAAUAAUGAUAUCACAUCUCAAAAUAAUGAUUUAUUAUUUCAAAAUAAUGAUAAACUUCAACAAAAAUUCUAUUCAAUUCUUCACUCAAAUUUGGCAGUAAAAAAACCUGAAUUUAGUGUUAAACACGGACCCCUGUUACUUCAAUUUAACUUCUCAACUUUGUUUACUUUGGAGGCACCAAAAAAAACGAAACUUUUCCUCCUAAAUUCAGCAUAACAUGAGAUAAGUCAUUGAUAUCCAAAUGUUAAUUUUGCAGGCUAAAUAUUCCUUUAACACAUAGAAAAAAAGUCUUUUUGAGGUGUCGUGCAUCAUUUCGUUACAUAUUUGCAUGAAAUUUAACAGCACAGAAAACCUCACCAGAGCAGAUCUUUAACCCUUUCAAACCUGGAUCCGCAGAUUUAUCUAAAGCUUUGAUGUCUGUGCAGACUGGUUUGAUUUCUUUCCAAAAAUAUAAGAAAAAAAGGCAAUGAAUUGUCAAGAGAUGU